CCAUUUAAAGCGUAACACCAGACACACAGUGGGCUGGCUUCAAGGCGGAGUUUAUCUUCUAGAAGUAAACUCAGAUCCAGAGUUUUCCCUCAGAAAAUCAGAGUUUAAAGACCCUGACGUGGAAAGAGGCAGAAAAAAGCAGGAGGUGGUCCGCUCCCUCUGCAGAGCCUGCAGUCAUGGCUCAGUACCUUAAGUAUUUUACCACUGUGGGCGAUAAGCAGACGGCCCAGUUUGAGUUUGAGGAGCUGCAUACAGCCAGCGAGGAGCUGAGCCCAGCCACCGGACAGUUCCCACCAACGCUGACCUUCAGGGGCGCUCUGAAGAGACUCUACAGCUCUGACCGAUUCCAGGUGGCGGUGGUUUGUUUGGUUUGUUUGGACGCCAUCUUUGUUCUGGCGGAGCUGCUUAUAGAUUUGUCGGUUAUCAAGCUGGAGCACGGACACAUCGCUCCUGAGGUCUUUCACUACCUGAGCCUGGCUCUCCUCACCUUCUUCAUGGUGGAGCUGGCUGGUAAACUGUACGCUUACCGCCUGGAGUUCUUUCAGCACAAAUUUGAGGUGUUUGAUGGUGUGGUAGUGGUGAUUUCUUUCGUGUUGGAUAUUGUCUUCAUCUUCCACGAGGAUGCCUUUGAUGGGAUGGGACUCCUUAUCCUGCUGCGACUCUGGAGGGUGGCCAGAAUCAUCAACGGUAUCCUGGUGUCUGUGAAGACCCGAGCACACCAGCAGAUCCACAAACUGAAGGAGAGCUACGACCACUUGGUUCAGAGAGUCACAGAGCUGCAGGAGCGUGCGGAUAAACUGGAAAAAGAAAACCAGAGACUCCAGGCUCUGCUGAAGAAGAAUGGAAUAGACUUCUAACUCAUUGAGUGAUCUUUACUGGAGCUACUUUUCAGUUUAUACCAUCAACCAUUAAUGUUUUAUUUAAAAAAAAAAAAAAUCACAACAUACUGUUAUUUUAGGCUAGAUUUAAAUAUCAGUACAUCCUGCUUACAGACCUGUAACUGUUAAUGCGUCACUAGAGAGAUCCAGAUGAAGUUGUUACUGUCAGAUAUGAUGCUGCUGGAUAUCGCUAAAGUUUAAAUCUGCCUGUUAAUAUAGAAACAUUCCUCAGACU